ACACUAAUCAUUCAUUUACCUAUUUUUUUCCCUUUUAUAUUAAUCUUUCUUUUGAUUGUGUUUUAAGUUCUAAAUCUAUAUCUAUACAUCAAAUUAUAAACACAUCUUUUCUGCCACUUUUUUCAUCAGGAAAGAAUUAGUUCAACUGCAGUCUUUUGGUUUCAGCAGCUGUGGGAAAUGGUCAAAAGGGGCAGUAAUGGAGCGUUUUGAUGUACAACAAGGGCCAUGUCUCAGUGCUUAGAAGGGAUCAAGCAUUUAUGUGCUUCCCUACUCUUUUGCUGUGAUCUUGAGUUAAAUAAACAAUCGCAGGGACUUGAUGAUCCUGCAAUCCUCGCUAGCCAAACAGUUUUUAGUGUAAGUGAAAUAGAAGCUCUUUAUGAGCUAUUUAAGAAGAUUAGUAGUACAGUCAAUGAUGACGGAUUGAUCAAUAAGGAAAAGUUUCAGUUGGCCUUAUUUAAGACCAAUAAAAAGGAGAGUUUGUUUGCUGACCGGGUGUUUGAUUUGUUUGACACAAAACACAAUGGAAUCUUGGGAUUUGAAGAGUUUGCUCGUGCGCUCUCAGUGUUUCAUCCAAAUGCCCCUAUUGAUGAUAAGAUUAACUUUUCCUUUCAGCUUUAUGACCUCAAGCAGCAAGGCUUCAUAGAAAGACAAGAGGUGAAGCAGAUGGUGGUGGCUACCCUUGCUGAAUCAGGGAUGAAUCUAUCAGACGAUGUGAUAGAGAGUAUCAUUGACAAAACCUUUGAAGAAGCUGAUACAAAACAUGACGGAAAAAUUGACCAGGAAGAAUGGAGAAACCUUGUUCUACGGCAUCCUUCUCUCUUGAAAAAUAUGACCCUGCAAUAUCUUAAGGACAUUACAACUACGUUUCCAAGCUUCGUUUUUCACUCAAGGGUCGAAGAUAUGUAAAAGUUUCGAAGAAAGAUUCCAUUCAUGAGCAGCAAGUUUAGCCAAACUAUGGCUGCAGCAUUUACAUGAUUCUUCUUAUUAAAGCAUAAACAUGAAAUUUUUGUUUAUAGAAAUUGUUACAUUGAACAAUGAAAUAAGAACUUGUUUUUGUAUUAUGAUA